AUGAUCCGCGGCGACCUCGUCCGAACCGCACCUUCCUCCUCCUCUUCCACCUCGACAGCCGGCAGCGGCGCCACCGCCCCCAACACAGCCGUCGCCAUCGGCCGCUACUGCUUCCUGAGCCGGGGUGUGGUGCUGCGCCCGCCAGGCCGCAUGUACAAGGGCUCGUACACGCACAUGCCGCUGCGGCUGGGCGACCACGUCUUCGUCGGCGCGGGCAGUGUCGUGCAGGCAGCGAGCGUGGGCAGCCACGUGUCCAUCGGCCGCGGGUGCACCGUCGGCGAGUUUGCCAUUGUCAAGGACUACGUCAAGGUGCUGGACGGCGCGGUGAUUCCGCCAUUUGCGGUGAUUCCGAGCUUCUCGAUUGUCGCGGGGCAGCCGGCGCGCGUGGUGGGCGAGAUUCCGGAGGGGGGCCAUGAUGAGUUUGAGUUGCGCGACCUGUACAAGACGGUGGGCAACAAUCCGCAGCCAUCGACGUAA